AUGGCUGUUGUGGCAGCGGGUGAUGGUGAAAACAUUGAAUGUAAAGGACAGCUGGAUUGUGACAGCUGUGAGAUUCCUCCCAAGACAGCUGGAUUAUCCGGCAAUUUAUUUACUCAGUAUGACAAGAGUAAGCAGAAACGGAGAAGCUCCCAAGCAACAAGUGACAAUCUUUGGGAUUUGUUUGACAGCAGUACUUACAAGAAAUUCUCUGAGAAUUCAAACUCCUGCCUGCCGGGCAAUUUGCAUGGACAGGCCCACUACCCAACACCUGCACGCCGACGUCACCGGACCACCUUCAGUCAAGAACAACUGGAACACCUGGAGGCUACUUUCAGUAAAAACCAUUACCCAGACAUCUACUGUAGGGAGGAGUUGGCAAAGAUUACCAAACUGAAUGAGGCACGCAUACAGGUUUGGUUUCAAAACAGACGUGCCAAGCAUCGGAAACAGGAACGUGCCAUUCAGAAGUCAAUUCCUCCCACUGUUAUUUCAGCUUGUGGAGGUCUAAUACCUGCUGUUUGUCCCAUGUCUACUUCAUCCAGACCUUACCAGUACCCACACACCAUUAAUCAUAUGUCACGGUUCUCUUCGAUGGCAACAAGCGGCUAUGGCUCCCCUUCAGCUGUCAGCCAAUUCACCUAUACCAGCACACAUGCACAUUUGGCCUCUGCACCUCCUGCACCACGCCAGCACGAAGACUGGUACAAUCCCCUACGCUCCAUUAACUCUCCCACAGCUGGCUUACCUUCAUCAAUGCUUUCCCUGGGACCCAUGCCAAGUCUGGAUCCACAAACACACUGGAGCUAAUUGCUAAAUGCAAAAAAAAAGUCUUGCUUUGCAAAAUAAAAUCAAGAUUGUUUAUUAACCCCAUUUAUUGGUUAUAUCCCCUAGUUAUCUGUUAACCAUGCACUAAUUUAGAAAAUUAUAUAUAUGCAAAUG